AUGGCAGCUGCGAUCGCCAGCGGUUUGAUCCGACAGAAGCGGCAGGCGCGCGAGCAAAACGCGCACCGCCCCACCCCGCACCGCAGGCGGAAAAGCCCCGGGAAGAAGCCGGGUCUGUGCAACAACAACCUGGUGGACAUCUUCUCCAAAGUGCGCAUCUUCGGCCUGAAGAAGAGGAGGCUCCGGAGACAAGUUCGGGCUCAGUCAUCUUAA